AUGUCGACAGUCACGGCGCCCAAAAGACGCCUGGAACAACUCACUGGCCAGAUUGCGCAGCCUCCCAUCAUCGAUGAAGGGACAUACAAGGGAAUGCCUCGGGUUGCCCGAAGGGCUGGAGAUUCAGUAGGGCAACGCGUACAGGGCAAAGUGGUCAUCAUCACCGGCUGCAACUCACCACUUGGCAUGGGCCGGGCAACGGCUCACCAGUACGCCAGGAAUGGCGCCCGAGCAGUCUACAUUUGUGACUAUAUGGAUGACUACCUGAAUCUCCACGUGGAGGAACUGAAUGAACUCUACCCCGAGGUGGCCGUGCACGCCCGGAAGUUCGACGCAGGGGACGAGGACGGGGUCAAGGCAGUUGUCGCCCAUGCUUUGGAGACUUAUGGACGGCUAGAUGUGUUUUUUGCUAACGCGGCAAACUCGGGGACGUGGAAAGAAGUCUGGAAUAUGGAGGUCGCCGAGUUUGAGCGAACAAUCAGGACGAACUUGACAAGUGUCUUCCUCGCCAUAAAACACGCUGGUCCGGCAAUGCAGGUGAUCAGCAAAGACAAACCAUACUCUAGCGGCUCCAUCAUCGCGACCUCUUCAACGGCUGGUCUUCGCUCAAAUGGAGGCAGCACCGAUUACAGUGCCGCAAAGGCCGCGGUCGUUAGCCUCGUGCAGACCGCCUGUUAUCAAUAUGCGGGCCGCAAUGUCCGGUGCAAUGCCAUCGCACCGGGAAUGACGCACUCUGGCAUGACAGAGCCAGUCUUUUAUGGUCCGGCGCGGGAAAGAGGCACGCUCCAUAAAGUCGGACAGCUAUGUCCACUCCGGCGCGGUGCGGUGGCGGAUGAAAUCGCUAGAGUCGCGCUGUUCCUGGGCUCUGACGAAGCCAGCUAUGUCAAUGGCCAGGUAUGGGCCGUGGACGGUGGGUUGAGCUCUGGCUUACCUUAUAAACUGGGCAGUAUGGCAUAA